CACGCUCUCAGUCAGUGAUGCUGUCGCCCGGACAACAACAUACAUUAGAGAAAUAAAAGAUCGAUGGAUGCUGUAAAAAAGAGAAACAAAAAGCAAAGCGACCAGAAUAUCACGCAGCGGCUGAAAGAUAAGGAUUCAUAUUAUCUUAUACAGUAUUAAGAUUUUGUUGAGAAGUUUGUGGUGUUGACACUAAGAAACAAAGAGAAGGCUUUCACCGCAUCUUUGACUGAAGAAGCUAGAUAUCUUUCACAGCGGAGAACUGUUUUUGACUCAGUCCCUGCCAUGGACUCGGAAGAUGAACCAUUGUUGCUCCAAGGUACUUGGAAUGUAAACGAGUUUGAGGAAGAAGAAGAAGAAGAAGAAGAAGAGGAAGCUGAUGGAGAGAUGGGACAGGCCAGUGGAGAAGAGCAGGUCUGUAGAGGGGUGUGGUGGGCUUUAGGCUGGGUGUACACACAGCCCUGGGCAAGCGGGCUAGUUCUGGUGGUUGGAUUUCUGGUACCCUUUGCCCUCUCGACUUAUAUGUUCCUUAAGUGUGAACCUUUAGAUAUAGACCUUUCCUACAGCGCCUUUGAGGUUAGGAGUCAUUCCUCUGCAGAACGUUUUGAUGCUCUCACCAUUGCACUGAAAAAUCAGUUAGGGUCUUGGGACAGGCACAGGCGGGACACUGACGGAUUUGACCUUGAAGCCAAUGCUCUGAGAGACCUUUUGUUACUCAUGGUAAACAGACAGGAAGGGAAAGAUGUAUCUAAAAUGGCUAAUGUUUCAAGCCCUGCAGGAAUCUUGGAUACAGAAUCGACCGAUACAGGGUUAUGCCACGAAAACGAUAAUGAGAAAAAUAACAAGAAUAAAAUGCAAGAGACAAACUCCACAAGCCCCCAAAUAGCGGCAAGCGUCAACUCCGGUGCCGAAGAUCACAGGAAACCCCCCUCACCCUUGAUCAGGAAGCGAAGAUUUGCAAGCUACUCCUACCUCCAGACUCAGGCCCUGUGGAGGAUAGAGCUAGUUUUUGUAGCUCAGGGUGACGAAGAUAACAACAUUUUUACCCCAGAACGGCUUUACACCAUCCAUCAAGUGGAGAGACUUCUAAUGCAGCAUGCGCAGUUUCAGCAGUUCUGCUGGAAGCCACUGGAGGCGUUACGAGACUUACCCCUGGGACCCUCCUUUUGCUCUCCUCCAAGCUCCCUCCUGUCCUAUCUCUUCCCCAGUGAGCGCGCGGGCAAGAUCUACUAUGACGGCAUGGGACCUGAUCUAGCAGAUGUUCAGGGUGCCCUGAGCUUGGCAAUUACCCAUCCUCAAUUUUACUGGUAUGUGGAUGAAAAGCUCACACCAGACAGGCUUCAGUCCUCUCUCCUUCGCAGUGAGAUCCAUUUCGGUGCUCCUCUUCCCUCAUUCUACUCUCUCCAAGACAGACCUUUAGAACAAAGACGUCAAUUCAGAGACUUUGUGGUGCGAUAUGCAGACAUCCUGUCACAGCAAUCCACCAGUAAAGUGAAGGUGCUGUAUGGAGGCACCGAGCUAUUUGAUGAUGAGGUGCGGAAGACCUUCCAUAGUGAUAUGCUGCUGGCUUUGUUCAGCGGUGGCUGCAUUGCUGUUCUUGUGUAUGUUUUGACUUCCUUUUCCGUAUUUUUGACAUUCUUCGGCUUGGCUAGCAUCGGCCUGAGCUGUCUUGUUGCACUCUUCUUAUACCAUGUGGUGUUCGGAGUGCAAUAUCUCGGCAUUCUCAAUGGAGUGGCUGCCUUCGUCAUAAUCGGAAUUGGUGUGGAUGAUGUGUUUGUGUUCAUAAGUACCUUCAGACAGGCAGCCCACCUGACUUGUUCAAUACAGCGUAUGAUUUACACAGUAAAGACAGCAGGCAGAGCCACGUUCCUCACGUCCUUCACAACCGCAGCAGCAUAUGCUGCCAACACUUUCUCACAGAUUCCAGCUGUUCAUGACUUCGGUCUGUUCAUGUCCCUCAUUGUGAGCUGCUGUUGGCUAUGGGUGUCCAUUCUAAUGCCUGCAGCCCUUUGCAUCUGGACGCAAUGUGGAAGUGUCCGCUGCAAUGCCUUUCCAAAAUGGUGGAAUACUGUAACUAAACUCUCAGGCAGCCAAAGCCCUCUCUCAGAUGAUGAUGAUGUAGCUCUGUUAACUGUAGAAAUGGACCCAGGUGUGUAUGACUCAGAUUCAGAUGUCGCCCUGCUGUCUCUCUCUGUAGAAGCCCCCUUGACUGUGUCCACCGACGGAAGUGUUGGGAUCAUAAGUGCCCACCUUCAGAGGAUACUAAGACACUGGGUGGCUGAGCCUGUAGUGAAGAAACGGAAAACAAUAAUAGGUGUGUACGUGUUGACUCUGUUGGGAUCCGUCUGGUGCUGUUGUCUCCUGCGGCCCGCCAGUCACGCCCCUGUGCUGUUCCACCGAGAUACAAACCUGCAGCGACUCCUGGAUCUCCGCAGCAACCUAAGCGCCCAAGGGAUCUCCUGCCAUAUGUGCUCGGGUGUUUUUAUGGAGCGACCUCAUAAUCUGCACAGCACUGCUGUCUCCACAAGCUCUACCUCAGGAAAACAUGCCACAAUUCCAAACCAGACCAAACCAGUAUCCACCAACGCAGCACCGACACUCACAGGUGGUCUUUUCACUGUUUAUGUCUUUAAACUGGAUUUGGGUUCCCCUGUCCCUGUAUAUCGCUAUUCACUGACUGCCAAUGUAUCUGCACCAUGGCAAGCAUCAUCAAGUGGCCAUGGGGAUGUGCCAUUCUUUCAGGCCUACAGAAGUCCCCAUAGCAACUUCAGCACACGGAUGACUGUGUGUGUUUCUCACGCGUAUCACCCCCGCCCGAGAUGGAUGCUUACUCUGCGAUCAUGUGACGGCACCCGGCGCUGGAUGUCGGAGUUUGAGUUUUAUGUGGCUUUGGAUGAGCAGCAGAACAGCAGGAAGCUCUAUUUUGCCCAGCACACGAUCAGUCCAUACCCCAGUCGUGUGUGUGCGGAGCCACCAGGCUGUGUGUUCAGCCUUGGGCCCGAUGGACCCACUCAGGGCCGUUUCUAUGCACCACUGCCACCAGUCACUACUCAGGUAAAGGUCUCCAGGACAUCGGGAUUUAACCCUUGCGGUGGAGGUGGUUGUGGGAAACCAGCAGUGCGUCCUCUAGUGGACACUGGAGCCAUGGUGUUUGUGGUUUUCGGAAUACUUGGGGUCAACCGCACUCAACACUCGGACAACCAUGUUAUUGGAGAUCUGGGCAACGUGAUCUAUGAUCCAGACUUUGAUCUCUUUAAUGAGAUCGGGCACUUGUGCCAGCUGUGCAAAGCCAUCAGUGCCAAUACCAAGCUGGUGAAACCUGGUGGAGCUCAGUGUUUACCAUCAGGCAACAGCCUCACGUCCAUUCUGCCCCUACUCCACCCUGACUGUCACUCUCUUCCUGAACCCAACCUCUUGCCGGGUCAGUUAUCUCAUGGUGCAGUGGGUAUGCAGGGCGGUAGAGUACACUGGAUAUCUAUGGCAUUUGAAUCAACCACCUUCAAAGGAAAGUCUUCGUUUCAGACUCACUCUGAUUUCCUCCAAUGGGAGAGCUUCCUGCAGAAACAGCUUGCAUCAAUCCCAGCUUCAUCUGCCUUGAGGCGAGGGUUCCAGACCUGCCAGCACUGGAAACAGAUCUUCAUGGAAAUCAUAGGUGUGGAGAGCGCCCUCUACAGUCUGCUGCUGUCUCUUGCCAUUUGCAUAGCAGCAGUAGCUGUGUUUACUGCUCAUCCUCUUCUGUUGCUGCCCAUCUUGCUGAGCAUUCUGGGUAUGGUGUGCCUGGUGGUGGCUGUGAUGUAUUGGCUUGGCUGGGAGAUGGGUGCAGUCGAAGCUAUCUCUCUCUCCAUAUUGGUGGGCUCUUCAGUGGACUAUUGCUUACAUCUGGCGGAAGGAUAUCUACUGGCUGGAGACAUCGUGACCUCAGGACUGAUGGAUCAUAGUUUGGACUCAUCCAUCAAACGACAGCUACGGACCCUGGAAGCAGCCAAUCACGUGGGAGUUGCAAUAGUGUCUAGUGCCGUUACCACGGUGAUUUCGACCAUUCCACUCUUUUUCUGUGUCAUUGUGCCUUUUGCAAAGUUUGGUCAGAUUGUGGCCAUCAACACAGCUAUUUCCAUCGCGUACACACUAUCGGUCACUACCGCUCUGCUGGCGACAAUGGGACCGCCUGACUUCACUCGACCCCCUGGAGCCGUGCUCAAAGCCGCUGGGGUCGUCCUCGUACUGGCUGUCAGUGGAGGUCUCUUAUGGUGGACUGGAUCACAAUUUGCACCUGGCGGACUGAUGUAAAGGUGGUGUCAAGAAAUCACACAACACAUUCCUGAUGAUGUGAUUUCAAAUCCAAGAAAAUUAUUUUUAGGUUUUACAAAUGUAAAACAAACAAACCAAUUUGUUUGUUUUUAUGUGUGAUGUGACUACUAUGAACAUAGGCCUGUAAGAAGUUUUACUGGAGCUUGAGAACAAUAUGGUAUUAUGUGGCACAGUUUCAGAAGGUAGCAAGUAUUAGGAGUUGAUGAAUAAUGUUGGAGACAUCCGAAAAACCCUCUCUGAAUUUAUUUUCAGCUACUGUAUGAGAACCUUGUAAGAGAACUCUGUCCGGGGAGUACAUUUAGUGUUAAUGUAUGACUAAAAAAAAGGAUUAUUUCUCACUGCUUUGUUAUUCAUUCAUCACUUAAACUGAAGUGACUCAGAGGUCACAUGAGGAUAUGUUUUACUGUGGUUCUUACGAGAAGUGUGAUGAGGCCCAUGGGUCUAUAAAGAAGGAAAGAAUAUGAAUUCUGUGAAUUCUUGCAUGGGGAAAACAAAAGCGACUUUAGCACCUUCUGUCCUUGUGAAGCGUUGUGACAGGGUUGGAAUUUCAGGUUUAGUUAAACCCAAGACAGUGGCCUCGUGUAACAAUAUAAUCCUUCUUUGAACAAAUUAUGUUUGAACGACUGAAUAUUUCAAUUCAAUUCUUAUUAUUUUUUUUACAUUUGUUCCCAUAAACAUGUUGUGCAAGUCUGUCUGUACCAUGGGAAAUUGCUCGGACAAUAUCUUUCUUCAUUAAAAUUUCCAAGCAAACACAUAGCUGCAGUAAUAUAAUAGACAUCACUAUCUAUAAAAGUUUACAGAGAAAAUGUAUUCCAGAACGUAGCCAUAAGUCAAGGUUCAUAUUUUCUUAAUUUUCUUUACAUCUAUGUUAGCCAAGCGCAAGAAAAACGUCUUAAAACAGCACACUGUUUUUACUACCCUUUUUAUAAUAUAUUUGAUGUCUAAGAGUAAUUGAAGACAAUAUAUGUUGCCAAAUUCAUAUGGACAUUAUAUAAGUACAUACAAUCUCAUUAUGGUCUCAUAACAGUUCUGACAAUUGGGGAUGUGUCAACAUUUGUUAAUAUGUAACAAAUAAGACUAAGUAUGAUAUUGUUAUGUAGUAGUCUGACUGUUUAUAUAAACCAAGCCUGGUUACAGUUUACAGUAACAAUUUUACAACUGUAUGCUGAGACACUUGUGUAUAUUUCAAAGUAAACCAUGGAAAAAGCUUUCUUUGUUUUCCUGUGAAACGUUUAGGGGCAUUGUCUGGACUUUUGUAUGAUGAAAGUGUAAUGUCGUGGUAAAUUUCAUGCUGCCUUUUAAAAUUCUUGUGAAAGAAACAUCGAGUUCUACAGAGUAUUGUUGUGCUUGAAAUAUGGUUUGUUAAAAGCUCUCGGUGAAACCUUUGUUUGUUUGUGUAUCUGUGUGCUGAACAAAUCCACUUAAAGUUCACCCAAAAUGAAAAUUCGGUCAUCAUUUACUCACCCCCAUGUCACUUUAGACUUGUAUAAGUUUCUUCAGCAGAACACAAAAGAAGAUAUUUUGAAAAAUGUUGUUAACUGGCCCCCAUUCACUUGCCUCUGUUGUGUUCCUACUGUAGAAGCGAAUGAGGGCCGCCGCUGUUUGGUAACAAACUUAAUAUCUUCUUUUGUGUUCUGCGGAAGAAAAAAACUCACACAGAUUUGAAAUGACAUGGGGCGAGUAAAGGAUGACAGAAUUUUUAUCUUUAAUCCAAUCUCUUUUGAUUGUUGCCGUUUAUCUUUCAAAAUUCACAGAAAGAAAAGCAGCAAUGUACAGACCUGACCUUCAAUUGCCUUGGUCCUUUAACCAGCAGUCUGGAAAUUAUACACCACUUCAGCAUCAAUCCACUUGUAACCACAGACACUCAAUGUCCUUAUAAUAGCUCGAUACUGUUCUCUUUAUAACCUCUUGCAGAGAGUGUUCACCGUCACUAAAAAGGGUUUCGACUAUAAAUGCUCACCUUAGGUGGUUCUUCUGGCCAUUCAAAUUCAGAUACUUUAUAUACAGUAUUCAUUAUUGAUCGUACAGCAUUAAUGGAAUAACAGACGUUUAAAAAUAUGUCAGAGAAAAGUAUAAAGGGGUUGCAUUACAUUUGAAAACAAUGAGACAAUAAAAAACAUUAAAAUAAUGUUACAAGGCAAACCUAUCUCGUUCUAAAUAACUUGAAAUUGUUUUAAAAUAUGCUUCAUUUUUAUGCAAACCAUUAUUUUUUACAUUUCAAUAAAAUAUCACUAUAUGACUUAUAGACAGUUUUAAUCUGACAAAAUGGCACGUCUGAGGUAUUUAUAAAAUGUUAAAAGGCAUCGAUCAAAUAAAAAAAACCACUAGACUUAGUGACGUGCACGAUCGUAUUAGUCACCGACUUCAAAUUUGACUUUAUUUAGCUUCUCCCAUCAAUUCUGAUUAAUUUUUAAUGCUGGAAACGGUAGAUAGGCAUUAAUAAUGCACUGUGGUGACCAUUCAUAAUUGAUGAUCUGUUAUAUAGCAAAUGUGAUGCUGAUAUGUGGUUUAUUUGAAAAUCCACACAGUCAUCAAGAUGCACAGAGAUACCUAACUCCAUCCUCCUUCGGACACCGUAUAUGCAUUUUCAGCUCAGACCUUAAAACCAUUCGAAAAAGAAUGCAACUCCAAUUGUGAGCACUGCGGGAUCUCCACAUCUUCACAUACAAAUGAAUCUUUAAAAGCAUUAGAAUGACAUGACUUAGCGAAGUAUGUCAUGUUCAUUGUCCGACAUAUUUUCGUCUGGCAUAAACUUACUUUUCUUACAUUUGCUAACUAGUUGAACUUGUACGUUCAGGCUUUCAUUCAUCUAAUGCAUUUCCUGAGUCUAAAAGACAAAAUGUGACAUGAAACAUUUCAAAAUGAAAAUAACAUUUUAUGAAAUAGAUGCACUUGUUAACACUAUGUGCAAUACAUAGGUGAAAAUUAGCUAUACAAUAUAAAUAAAUUGCAUCUUUUGUCUGCAAUUACACAUAGCCUUAAUUCUCAUCGAGUUAUCUAUGGUUUAGUGUACUUUGAAUACAUUAAUACAUAUUUACAUACAUACAUAUGAUAAAAUGCAUAAACAUGUACCAAGUCUUGUGGGAAUGGCGAUCAAAGUGAAUUGCUGAGGUAUAACAUUUCAGAUUUGUGGUAAAACAUUUGAUGCUUGCCUUUCCCACUUUCUCCUUAAAACAAACACCCUAUUUCGAACAAGAAAUAACAGGGGGAUUUCAAACAUUAGAAACGCUAAAGAAAAUGUGCUUUGAUUAGCAAAAUGUUCAAGUGCUCUGCUACUCUAAAGCCCUAUGCUAGUAUGCAUAUUCAGAUACAUUUGAAGAACUAGAUUACAAGUUAGUUGAUCAUUUGCGCAAACGGCAGUACGUCCGUGUUCUCUUGCAGAAAUGUAUACAGAGCAACUUGUCUGGACAAGAGCACAGCACACGUGGCUUGAGGUGAAGUAAAUCAGUGCUCAGGUCAAAGGCGUUGCUGAUGAAUCACAUAAACCUUACUUCUAAAGACAUCCUUUAAAAACCUAAAUCCUAAACAAUUGAAAUCUAGUGUCUUUAAAACUAUUCAGCGGGUAAGAACAAGUCGGAACCUGAGAUUUAAAAGAGUUUUAGGUUAAUCCAUAAAGGCAAACAGGUGUGAAACGGUCUCAUGAGUGAAAAAGGGUGCCUGAAAUGAAAAGGACAAAGUCAACAGCCAGUUCUGCAAGAGACAGAGGUAGGAGAGCCGUGAUGUCGACUCCAGACUUCGCUAAAUUAUCUAACACCUCGGAUCAAAUAAUGGAACCCCUUGGAAGUUCACUAGCACGCAAUAUUCGACACUUUUCCGUUUUAAGAUGUUACCGUUUUAAAAACAACUUGGGUAGGUAAACUUUAGCCAAACUUGAACCUGACCGUCUCAACUGACAUCAGACAUCAGUAGUAAAAGAGUUAUUUCAAGAGACAGACCUCCUGCUUGUGUGGCGUAGGGCUCAUUUGCAUUAGCACCGUCCAACCGCUCCACCACAUGCUGAGGUACAGUAUCAAUAGAAAUGACUCUUUUACAUCUGAUCAGUUUUGCCUCAGCUAGAGCGACGUCCCAUCUGAAGAUGUCAUUUAACAUUCGCUGUGAACAUUGCCUUCACCACACUGGCCAGAAAAGCUGUGACAUUAACAAGUUAUACGCAAAGAACGUGGAUCUUUGUCAGGGUAGAUGGCAUAUUUAAUGGAAUGAAAUGCAAACGGACAAACUAUUGUCCGUUCGAAGACUUUUACUGUUGUUUUAAAAA